AUGAUAACAUUCUUAUUGUUGCUUGGAGUUUAAGGAUAGUAUUUGCCUACAAGUACUGGAUGUUUGGGAACAGACUAUUUGUACAAGAUUAACGAUCUCUCUUUCUGUUUUACUUGUUAGAAAGGAUGCAAAAGCUGUUGUGAUCCAUAAUUAUGUAAUGAAUGUGAAUACAGAUACAGAUUUAAUUCAACCACUUCCACUUGCAUAAGAUGUCCAGUUAACUGUGAAGUAUGUGAACCUGAUGGCUUAUUUUCUAAAUGUUCAAAGUGCGAAACAGGAUAUAUUAAAUAAGAAGAUGGUAGUUGUAAGAAAUGUGGAGAUGAUUGUGUAUCUUGUUCUUUGGCAGAUUAUUGUUCACAAUGUGCAGAUGCUUUCUAUGUAGAAAAAGGAAUUUGUAAAGAUUGUCCAUAUGGAUGUAAAAGUUGCACUUAGGUUGAAGAAUCAUUAUUUGUCUGUGAUACAUGCAUUGAUAGAUACUAUCUAGUUGGAGAGCAAUGUACAAAAUGUCCCACUGGGUGUCUAAAAUGCGAUGAUGAUUUCACCUGUACUAGUUGUGAAGAUGCCUAUGUCUUGAAGGAAACUAAGCUAUGUGAAUUUUGUACUCCAAAUUGCAAGAAAUGUUCUGAGAAUACAUGUACCGAUUGUCAAACAGGUUAUGUCUUAACUACAGAUAAUCAAUGUCUAGGUUGUCCAGAUAUCAAUUGUGAAAGUUGUCAAUAAGAAGAUAGAACUAAAUGUACUAAAUGUGCAUCUAAGUUUUAUUUGCUUAAUUAAACUUGCAUUGCUUGUGAUAUCAAUUGUAAAUAAUGUGAUACUCCAGGACAUUGUGUUGAAUGUAAACCUGGAUACUUCAUUAAAAAUGGAGUUUGCACUGCCAAUUCAAUCAAAAAUUGUUAAGUAUAAAAUGAAACUGCAUGUACUACUUGUGAAAGUGGUUAUUAUAUUAAAAAUGGUGCAUGCAGUCCAUGUGGUGAUAACUGUUUAUAAUGUUCGGGACCUUCAUUUUGUAAUUAGUGUGCUACUGCUUAUUUUUUUAAUGGGUUCUCAUGUCAAGGAUGUGGUACUGGUUGUGAAAGAUGCGUUGAUUCAAAUAUAUGUCUUAAAUGCACCUAUGGUUUUUAUAUUUCAAAGGGAGUUUGUGAAAGAUGCAUUGAUGGAGUUUGUUAAUGUUCAAUCAAAGAAAAUAUAGUAGAGAAUUAGAGCCAUUAAAUCAUAGUUUUGAUGUUGUUAUUAUUAUUGAUAUUGUAGUGAAUUUAUGUAUAAAGCUUAUCAUGAAAUAA